CAAGAAGAAGACACUCGAGCUCCUGCAGACUGUUGUUUAGAUUAAACUGAUGAAUUUAUCUCUAUUCAUCGUAAAAUAACACUUUUAUUAAACAUUAGUUCACAUGUUAACGCGUCUUUGAGCUUUAACAACUCACCGACCGAGCGUGUGUGAAUGAAGACAGUUUGAACAUCUGAUUCACAUUGAACACACACGAUUAGAGCUGAUAAUGUUCACAGAUAUGGACUAUGAGCUGCAGGAGGACAAACUGUGAAGAAAGAGGAAUAAGGCGGCAUAUAAAGAGGGAACAACUCCAAGUGUAACAGCUGAACUCUACUGACAUACUAUUGCAACAGUGAAGCCAUGAGUGAUCUAAAACCAUGCAGAAUAAAAAUUGAAGAUACUGAGGAACAAAGAGACCUGAUGGAAGUGAAAGAGGAAAGUCAAGAACUAAAUGACAUAGAUCAGAAACACCAUCAGCAUCCUGAAUCUAAUAAUUCAACAACUGAUGAAGAGGCUAUUAUUUGCUUCAAGAGUGAAAGAAACUUCUCUCAAAGAUCAAGAGCCAAAUAUUCUUUCACAUGCACUCACUGUGGAAAGAGUUUCACAGAUAAUGCAGGUCUACAGAGGCACAUGAUAAUUCACACUUUAGAGAAACCAUUCACAUGCACUCAGUGUGGAAAGAGUUUCAAAAUAAAUAAAACCCUUCAGAAACACAUGAGAAUUCACACUGGAGAGAAGCCGUUCACCUGCCCUCAGUGUGGAAAGAGUUUCACAGAAAAAAGAAGCCUUAAGGAACACAUAAGAAUUCACACUGGAGAGAAGAAGCCUUUCACAUGCACUCAAUGUGGAAAGAGUUUUACACAAAAAAGAAGCCUUCAGGAUCACAUGAGAAUUCACACUGGAGAGAAGCCUUUCACAUGCACUCAGUGUGGAAAGAGUUUUACACAAAAAGGAAGCCUUCAGGAUCACAUGAGAAUUCACACUGGAGAGAAGCCUUUCACAUGCACUCAGUGUGGAAAGAGUUUUAUACUAAAAGGAAGCCUUCAGGUUCAUAUGAGAAUUCACACUGGAGAGAAGCCUUUCACAUGCACUCAGUGUGGAAAAAGUUUCACACAAAAAAGAAGCCUUAAGGGUCACAUGAGAAUUCACACUGGAGAGAAGAAGCCUUUCACAUGCACUCAGUGUGGAAAUAGUUUUAUACAAAAAGGAAGCCUUCAGGAUCACAUGAGAAUUCACACUGGAGAGAAGCCUUUCACAUGCACUCAGUGUGGAAAGAGUUUUAUACAAAAAGGAAGCCUUCAGGUUCAUAUGAGAAUUCACACUGGAGAGAAGCCUUACACAUGCCCUCAGUGUGGAAAGAGUUUUAUACAAAAAAGAAGCCUUAAGAAUCACAUGAUAAUUCACACUGAAGGGAAGCCUUUCAAAUGCACUCUGUGUGGAAAGAGUUUCACACAAAAAAUAAGCCUUCAGGAUCACAUGAGACUUCACACUGGAGAGAAGCCUUUCACAUGCACUCAGUGUGGAAAGUGUUUUACACACAAAGGAAGCCUUAAGGGUCACAUGAUAAUUCACACUGGAGAGAAGCCUUUCACAUGCCCUCAGUGUGGAAAGAGUUUCACAAGAAAGAAAAACCUUCAUAUGCACCUGAGAAUUCACACUGGAGAGAAGCCGUUCACAUGCCCUCAGUGUGGAAAGAGUUUUACAGAAAAAAGAAGCCUUAAGGGUCACAUGCUAAUUCACACUGGAGAGAAGCUGUUCACCUGCAUUCAGUGUGGAAAGAGUUUCACAGUAAAGAAACCCCUUACUGAAGAGAAACCUUACAAGUGUUCACAUUGUGAAAAGUUUUUCAUGAUGUCAGGAAAUAUGAGAACCCAUGAGAUAAAUCACAAAGAUGAAAUUACAGAAACUACAUUAUAACUGGCAAAUAGCAGCUCAAAUGGAGAUUUCACCAGUUUGAUUUUACAGCUCAGAGCCCAGACUAGUGUAAUCAAACCAGUUUGAUCAUGCAUGAGUUUUCACUACCUAAAAUCCCACACCCAUCAAAAAGUUAUAAAGGUGCUGGAGACUUACUGCAUUGAACGAGAAAUAUAUUUAGUUUUAGAAGGACAUGAGACAUUGUCCAUAAUUCACGGAGGUCUAGACUUUUAAACCAAUUCAUUCUAAAUUGUUCUUGCCUUUUAUGAAAGUUUAUCAAUGUUCUUUUAUUGUUUAAGAGUGGCAUUUCUAAUAAUAAUGCCAAAACCACUGGUAAGACCAUGGACAGCUCUAUAUUUCCAUGGUUAUAGUCUUUCUAAAAAAUUAACUAGUGUUUUUUAAUGAAAAAACGAAUAGCCUAAAAACUGUUUAGAUAUUAGUGCUUUUUACACGUUUUUUUUUUUUUUUUUACUUUUACAAGUGCAGUAUAAUGUGUAUUUACUCUGAAUUAUGUACUUUAAUUUUUUGUUAUAGUAAUCUUUACUGUUUAUUUUGCUUAUAUGUAACCUUACAACUAUUCCUUAUAAGUUUGAUGUAGUGUACCUUGUUUGAAAUGCAUGUAGUAGAAUAAAGAAGUUUAACCUAAA